UCCCCCCCAGGACAUCCGGAACACGGUGGGGAACAUUCCCAUGGAAUGGUACCGGGAUUUCCCGCACCUGGGAUACGACCUGGACGGGAAAAGGAUCUUCAAACCCCUGCGCAGCAGGGACCAGCUGGAGCUCUUCCUGGAAAAGAUGGAAAACCCGGAAUACUGGCGCUCCGUGGAGGACCCCCAGACGGGCGCCGAGGUUCCGCUCUCGGAGGAGCAGCUGGAGCUGAUCCGGCGCCUCCAGAGCGGCCAAUUCGGGGAUCCCGAAUUCGAUCCCUACCAGGUCAGCCCGGAACCGCCGGAAUUCCCACCGGGAAUGCUGGGAAGGGCCGGAAUUCCCGCCGGGAAUGCUGGGAAGGGCCGGAAUUCCCACCGGGAAUGCUGGGAAGGGCCGGAAUUCCCACCGGGAAU